GUGAGGCCUGCAUAGUCAAAAAAGAAACUCACUCGAACGCGACCGAGAGAGACUUACUGCCUACGGGAGCAGCAGCGAAGCACACAAUUGAAGCUCUUCAAGAAGAGACGACAAGCUCAGUGAUUCCUUGGACAGUUUUCUACAAGACGUGACAGAAGACAAAAACUAUAAUCAAGAUGCCUGAGAAUGCUGGACACGUUAUGGAGGAGGAAGUGGAGACCUUUGCCUUCCAGGCUGAGAUUGCUCAGCUUAUGUCCCUGAUUAUCAACACCUUCUACUCAAACAAAGAGAUCUUCCUUAGAGAGCUCAUCUCCAACUCUUCAGAUGCUUUGGACAAAAUCAGAUAUGAAAGCUUGACCGACCCCAGCAGACUUGAGUCCUGCAAGGACCUGAAGAUUGAAAUCCAUCCCGACCUGCACGCUCGCACCCUGACCUUGACUGACACGGGUAUCGGCAUGACCAAGGCCGAUCUGAUCAACAACCUGGGCACAAUCGCCAAGUCCGGCACCAAAGCUUUCAUGGAGGCUCUGCAGGCUGGAGCCGAUAUCUCCAUGAUUGGUCAGUUCGGUGUGGGUUUCUACUCUGCCUACCUGGUGGCUGAGAAAGUGACAGUUAUCACCAAACACAAUGAUGAUGAGCAGUACAUUUGGGAGUCUGCUGCUGGAGGCUCCUUCACAGUCAAACCUGACAACGGAGAGCCCAUCGGCAGAGGCACGAAAGUCAUCCUUCACCUCAAAGAAGAUCAGACAGAAUACUGUGAGGAGAAGCGCAUUAAGGAGGUUGUGAAGAAGCACUCUCAGUUCAUUGGCUAUCCUAUUACACUCUAUGUGGAGAAGACAAGAGAGAAGGAAGUGGACCUUGAUGAAGGAGAAAAGGAGGAGGAGGUUGAGAAGGAGUCCGCUGACAAGGACAAGGACAAGGACAAACCUAAGAUCGAGGAUGUGGGCUCCGAUGAGGAUGAAGACACAAAGGAUGGCAAGAACAAGAGGAAGAAGAAGGUCAAGGAAAAGUACAUUGACGCCCAGGAGCUGAACAAGACCAAGCCUAUCUGGACCCGUAACCCAGAUGAUAUCACCAAUGAAGAGUAUGGAGAGUUCUACAAGAGUCUCACCAACGACUGGGAGGACCACCUCGCUGUCAAGCACUUCUCAGUGGAAGGUCAGCUGGAGUUCCGUGCCUUGCUCUUUGUGCCAAGAAGAGCUGCAUUCGACCUCUUUGAAAACAAGAAAAAGAGAAACAACAUCAAGCUUUAUGUGCGCAGAGUCUUCAUCAUGGAUAACUGCGAGGAGCUCAUCCCCGAGUACCUCAAUUUCAUCAAGGGUGUGGUGGACUCUGAGGAUCUGCCUCUGAACAUCUCCAGAGAGAUGCUGCAGCAGAGCAAGAUCCUGAAGGUCAUCCGCAAGAACCUGGUCAAGAAGUGCCUGGAACUUUUCACAGAACUGUCUGAGGACAAGGACAACUACAAGAAAUGCUAUGAGCAGUUUUCAAAGAACAUCAAGCUUGGUAUUCAUGAAGACUCCCAGAACAGGAAGAAACUGUCUGAGCUGCUGCGCUACUACACCUCAGCCUCUGGAGACGAGAUGGUCUCCCUGAAAGACUAUGUCUCUCGCAUGAAGGAAAACCAGAAGCACAUCUACUACAUCACUGGUGAGACCAAAGACCAGGUGGCCAACUCUGCCUUUGUGGAGCGUCUUCGCAAAGCCGGCCUGGAGGUCAUUUACAUGAUUGAGCCCAUUGAUGAGUACUGUGUCCAGCAGCUGAAGGAGUAUGAUGGCAAGAACCUGGUUUCAGUGACCAAGGAAGGCCUGGAGCUGCCUGAGGAUGAGGACGAGAAGAAGAAGCAGGAGGAGCUCAAGAAUAAGUUUGAGAACCUUUGCAAGAUCAUGAAGGACAUCCUAGACAAGAAGAUUGAAAAGGUUACCGUCUCCAACCGUCUAGUCUCUUCCCCUUGCUGCAUCGUCACCAGCACCUAUGGCUGGACGGCCAACAUGGAGAGGAUCAUGAAGUCUCAGGCCCUGAGAGACAACUCCACCAUGGGCUACAUGACAGCCAAGAAGCACCUCGAGAUCAAUCCCAUGCAUCCGAUCGUUGAGACCUUGAGAGAGAAGGCAGAGGCUGACAAGAACGACAAGGCUGUGAAAGACCUGGUCAUCCUCCUGUUCGAGACCGCCCUGCUCUCCUCAGGAUUCACACUGGAGGACCCACAAACACACGCCAACCGCAUCUACAGAAUGAUCAAACUCGGUCUUGGUAUUGAUGAUGACGAUUCUGCAGUUGAGGACCUCAUUCAGCCUGCUGAUGAGGAUAUGCCAGUCCUGGAAGGAGAUGAUGACACAUCCAGAAUGGAGGAAGUCGACUAAAAUGCCCAUUAGACCUUUUCCAGCUUUCUUAAUGUUUAUUUUUUUAAGUUAUGUUACUUUUACUCAACACAACCUCUGUUCUUAAACAGUAUUAACUAGGCGAUAGAAGUUAAUGGACGGUGAUAGUAUGCCUACCAUGUAUCAGCUGCUUACAGAAACUACUGACAACCAUUAAGAGUAAUAUAAAGUCAACAGGGAUUUGACUUGUAGUGUCUCUUUUUGUAAAGAUUACAUUUUUUAUGGAAAUGACUCAAAUUUGUAAUAAAAUAUGUUUAGAAAUAA